CCUGACGGGAUCGCGGCGCGACGGCGCCAUUUCCUGCCGGCGGGGCAGGGCGGGUGCCCAUGGCUUCGCAGGAGGUGCUGAGCCAGACCACCCGCUUGGCCUCCUCCACCGCUUUGCUGCAGGUGCUGUUCCGGGUGGUCACCUUCGGGCUGAACGCCUUCACCCUGCGCUACCUCUCCAGAGAGCUGAUCGGCGUGGUCAAUGUCAGGCUAACUCUGCUGUAUUCAACAGUUGUCUUCCUGGCCCGGGAGGCAUUUCGCAGAGCUUGUUUGAGUGGAAGCACAAAGAGAAACUGGACCAAAACAAUUAAUCUGUUGUGGCUAACAGUCCCUCUUGGUGUUUUUUGGUCUAUUUUCUUGAGCUUAGUCUGGCUACACUUGCUUGAAGUACCUGAUCCUUCUGUGGUUCCUCAUUAUCAGGCUGGUGUAGUGGCAUUUGGUCUUUCUGCAAUUAUUGAGCUUCUGGGAGAACCACUCUGGGUUUUAGCACAAGCUCAUUUGUUUGUGAGACUUAAGGUAAUUGCUGAAAGCCUUUCAGUAGUGUCAAAAUGCAUUUUGACUGUUAUUUUAGUAGUCCUUUAUCCUCAAUGGGGUGUCUACAUUUUUUCCUUGGCUCAGCUUUUAUAUGUCAGUGUUCUGGUCAUGUGCUAUGUAAUUUAUUUUGUGAUGUUUUUGGGGUCUCCUGAAGCAACGAAGAAGUCAUUUCCAGUUGCUAGAAUGAAAGCUCUAUUACCUAACUUGAUAGAAGAUGAGACCUUUGUUAACUGGAAGGAAGCACGGUUGACUUGGAGUUUCUUCAAACAAUCCUUCCUGAAGCAGAUUUUGACAGAAGGUGAAAGAUAUGUGAUGACUUUUUUGAACGUGUUAAAUUUUGGAGAUCAGGGUGUAUAUGAUAUCGUGAAUAAUCUUGGUUCACUGGUGGCCAGGUUUAUCUUUUUGCCUAUUGAGGAGAGUUUUUAUGUCUUUUUUGCCAAAGUGCUGGAAAGAGGGAAGAGUGUAAAGGAUCAGAAGCAGGAUGAUAUUACUAUGGCUGCAAAUGUGUUAGAAUUGCUGUUGAAACUUGUGCUUCUGAUUGGCCUUACCAUCACAGUUUUUGGCUAUGCCUAUUCUCAGCUGGCUCUGGAUAUUUAUGGAGGCUCAUUGCUCAGUUCUGGAACAGGUCCAGAUCUUCUCCGGUGUUAUUCUUUGUAUGUCCUAUUUCUUGCUGUCAAUGGAGUAACAGAAUGUUUUACCUUUGCUUUGAUGUGCAAAGAAGAGGUAGACAGGUACAAUUUUGUAAUGCUGGCAUUGUCCUUCACAUUUCUUUGCAUCUCUUACUUCUUGACCCACUGGCACGGCAGCAUUGGCUUUAUCCUUGCCAACUGCUUUAACAUGGGGAUUCGAAUAGCUCACAGCAUCCACUACAUCUAUGAUUACUUCAAAGAAAGCACUUACAGACCCUUGGCAGGCUUGCUUCCCUCACCAUCUCUGGUACUCGUUUAUAUCAUAAGUGGAGUAAUCACUGGUUUCUCAGAGGUAUUCUUCUGCUGUGAUAAGGGCUGGAUGGCAAGGCUGGUGCACAUCAGUGUGGGGGCUCUGUGCUUUGCAGCAACCAUCAUUACUAUGUUCUGCACAGAGACCAAGCUCAUCCACUUUGUCAGAAGUCAGUUCCUCUCCCGGUAUAUGAAGAAAGGAACUUGAAAUGCUUGUGUGCAGAAUAGUUCCUGUACAUGUUUGCAGAUAAAGGGCUGCAUUUUUAUUUUUUAUUUUUUUGCAUAAAAUCUGUAUGAAAAAAAGGCUUCCACCUGUGUUUAUUGGAAGCCUUGGUAUCAGAGUAGCAAUGUAAAAGGUUGCAAUCUGAAGAUUUUUGUCUUCUCAACUGGUCAGUACAGUGAAGGAGAGAUGAGUAAUUUCUUCUUUCCACAUCAUUCUCUCUAAGCUUUUCUUCAAACAGCUUCUUUGGUAAUGAAUGAAGGCUUAAGAUACACCUUCCUGACAUAACCUAGGGGACAGAUGUCCUAUAGAGAGCUCCAGUUAUUGCCAGCAGGGACCACACAUAUGGAGGAAUGGCUUACAUCUUAAGGUACAGUUAAGACUGCCCUUAUUGGUGUGGUUGGAUGCUUAACUGGUUAAAAAAGAAAUGAUCUAACCAAAAAAGAGCAAAGCAGAACCCACAAAACAAAAGCUGAAGAAAACAUGGGAGUAAGGACCAGCAGCAGUACAACUGGUACUGAAGCAAAACAUAAUGUGGUGCAGAGAGAUUGAGUUGUCAGUGUUCUGAAGUGCAAAGCAGUGAACAGAAAGUCCUGAUGUUUACAAGUAAAUUGGAAUGCACAGCAUGUGUCCAUGCUAGCUAUGUGAGAUUAUUUCAUUGAGCAUAUCAUUCAUUUAUGAGGGUAUUGAUUAACUUGUCACAAUACUUUGAAGCCUUAGCUAAAAAGAAAAGGGGUUUUGAGUAGUGAUUUUACAGGUGUUAAGUACAGUCACUGGCACAGAAUUCCUAAAAAGGUUAAUCAUAAAAACUUCUUAAUUCCAUUGUUUUUUGGUUUUAUCUGAAAUGUUAAAUGGCAGAACUAGCAGAUUUGUCUCAAUAAAAUUAUUUAUCUUCUCUGUGAAAUAAAAUAUUUAUUAUAUUUAAGAUUUAUUUCAAAGAUUUGUGCAUAUUGAAACUUUUAUUAUUGGAUAGAAAAUGUUUCAUUUUGUUCCACCAGUUUUCCUUGUGCCUUGUUACUUUAUUUGUUCAAUCAACAUCAAUAUUGUUUUUUUAAAUUGCUGGAAAUUUGCACAAUCAGAAGUUGUUAAAUUGGAUGUUAGGCUGCUGGCUUAGUCUUACUAAUUGUGUAUUUUAUUGUUGUCUUAGACCUGAAUUUAGCAGUUUCAGGAUGUACAAAUGUCAGGUUUAUAAUGAUCACUGUUCCUUUUGCAGUGUUUGGAUGGAUCAAAAAAUGUCAAGUGAUGAAAAAUGUGUGCUCAGAUGUGUGCAGCUGAAAGCUUUUAGUUUAAUUAUGUAGCAGCUCUGCAGAUAUUCAGACCACUUAAAAAGCCUCUUCACUGUAAUGGCAUUGAGGAGUUAUCCUGCUAACCAGAGUUCACCAUGUGAAAUGCUUUUGGUAUGUGUCUUCAGUUUGAGUCUGUUAAAAAUGUUUUCUUAACUCUGGUAAUUUUUACUUGGAGAUUAUUGCCAGAGAUAUUUUAUAUGAGAACCUGGCAAAUUAAAAAUUAGAGAAGACAAAAUGUAACAAGAGAAGGGUGCUCUUCCUCAGCUAGUGGUGGCAUCUCCAUUGCCCAGCUGGAAGGCACUAGAGAGAGAGUUAUUGAUUUUUCUGAAGUUGCUAGGAAAAAACCAAGACAGUUGAAUUUCCAGACUCUUUUAGAUUGUCUUUUUCUGUGUGACUUUGGGACAUUACUGUGGGAGUAUCUAAAUGUGUACAGUCAAGUUUUAAGAACUACUUAGAAUGAAGAUGAAGAACUUUUCAUACAAAAUGAACUUGGAAGUCACACUGUCUUGUCUGGUCUUACAAUCUCAGCUCCUCUGGUUUUACUUCUGGCAAUGUUGUCAUAAAUAGGGUGAUGUGAGACCUCAUUUGGAAUAACAGGCUGGCUGGUCUCAUACUCUUUAACAUAAAUGCUGUGCUAUUUAAAGAGAGGUUAUGUUUUAAAACCAAUUAGUUUGAUUUAAUAAUGGAAAGGCUUGUAUCUCUUGAAUCUCAACAUGUGAAAAUGCAGUUUGUGUGAGUCAGGAAGACAUUUAAGGCGAGUUAAUCACUGUCUGCAAAUUAAGGAUCCAUUCCUCUCUAACAUGAUUGGCAAGCUGCUGAGUGAUGGCAGGCUGAGUUUUGUGGUUUGUGUAUUUU